AUGGGGUGCGACAGGAAUGAGGUGAUCAGGAAGGAGGUCAGCAAGCUGCUGGAAUCCAAGAUCAUCUUGGAGGUAUAUUACCCGACCUGGUUAGCCAAUCCCGUCCUGGUGAAGAAGGAGGACCAGUCUUGUAGGAUGUGCGUGGAUUUCACAGAUCUUAACAAGGCCUGCCCAAAGGACUGCUUCCCCUUACCAAGGAUCGACAGAUGCCUUCAAGGGAUACCACCAGAUAGAGAUGGCCGAGGAAGAUCGGAAAAAGACUUCCUUCAUCACCGAGAAAGGGACGUAGUGCUACCGGACAAUGCCGUUUGGAUUGAAAAACGCUGGAGCUACCUACCAGCGCCUGGUCAACAAACUAUUCCAGAGUCAGAUCGGCAGGAGUAUGGAGGUCAGGAAAGUUCUUGGGCUUCCUGGUCUCCCGAGAGGGGAUCCGGGCCAACGCGGAUAAGCUCCAGCCAUCGUGGACAUGGUCCCCCGAUGAGCAUCAAGGAGGUCCAACGGCUCACGGGAAGGAUGGCCGCCCUGAAUAGAUUCCUCUCGCGCUCCGCGGUAAGGGGGCUACCCUUCUUUCGAAUCCUGAAAGCGCCAAAGGACUUUCAAUGGACGGAAGAAUGCCAGAAAGAUUUCACCGACCUAAAAGCAUACCUAGCUGAGCUACCUGCUCUGACUGCCCCGGAGCAGGGAGAAACCCUGUUCCUAUACUUGUCUGCUUGCAACGAGACCGUUAGCGCGGUUUUGGUACGGGAGGAUAGGGGGGCUCAAAGGCCAAUAUACUACGUUAGCCGUGCUCUACAAGGGCCGAAAACGCGGUACACGCUGGCGGAAAAAUUGGUCCUCGCCUUGAGGCACGCCGCCCGGAAGCUCCGACCUUAUUUUCAGGCCCACAGCAUUACUGUCCUGACGGAUCAACCCUUACGACAGAUAUUCACAAAACCUGAGGUCUCGGGCAGAAUGACCAAAUGGGCCGUCGAACUGGUCGAGCAUGACAUCGGCUAUCAGCCUCGCACAGCUAUCAAAACUCAGGCUCUGGCCGACUUCCUCGCCGAGGGAGCUAGCUUGUCAGUGACUGAGCCGAGCUCUUUGCCCGAGGAGACACGGCUGGAGGAGCCGUGGGUACUAUUUGUGGACGGAGCCUCGAGUAAGGAAGGGAGCGGAGCCGGCCUGCUGCUCACCUCGCCCACCGAGGAGGAGCUGACCUACGCACUCAAAUACGACUUCCCGGCAUCUAACAAUGAGGCAGAGUACGAGACCCUGUUGACAGGAUUGCGGAUAGCCCACCAGAUGGGCAUAACCGCGAUCAGGGUUCGGAGCGACUCUCAGCUCGUAGUCUACCAAGUCCGCGGGGAGUACGAGGCCAAGGAGGACGUCAUGAAGAAGUAUUUGACUAAGGUGCGAGAGGCGAUAGCCCUGUUUGACACUUUUGAGAUCGAGCGGGUGCCGAGGUCGCAGAACAAGCGGGCGGACGCACUGUCGAAACAGGCGUCCUCCUCGUUUGCCCACCUGAGCAAGGAAGUUUUGGUGGAGGUAGUCAAACAAAAAAGCAUUGACCAGAUCCAAGUCUUGGCCAUAGACAGCCCGACCACUUGGAUGACUCCUCUCGUGGACUUCCUCAGUUCGGGUGUCCUCUCCGAGGAUAAAACCGAGACUCGCCGACUCCAGCUCAGAGUUGCUAAGUACGCCUACGCUGGGGGGAUCCUCUACAGGAGGUCGUAUUUGUCUCCCUGGCUAAAGUGCGUAACUCCUGAGGAGGGCGACUAUGUUCUCCAAGAAGUUCACGAAGGCCUGUGCCCGGCACAUGUGGGGUCCCGAGUGUUGGCCAAAAAAUGCCUGCUCCUAGGCUACUACUGGCCCUCGGUGUUUCGAGAUGCCGCAGCUCUUGUUCAGAAAUGCCGAGUUUGCCAGUUUGCUGAAAAUCCCUUCAGGAGCUGGUGCGCCCAGCUCGGGAUUAGCCAACACUUCACCUCGGUCGGACAUCCCCAAGCCAACGGUCAGGUAGAGAAUGUUAAUCGAACCAUUCUGCGAGGGCUGAAGACCAGGUUGGAACUAGCCCAGUCUAACUGGCUAGAUGAACUCCCUAGCGUCCUAUGGGCUUACCGCACUACGCCGAGGAUAGCCACUCAUGAGACCCCGUUUUUCCUGACUUAUGGGGCGGAGGCGGUGGUGCCCGCGGAGGUCGGCCUCUCCUCGCCUCGAACACAAAACUUCGUUACAUCAGCCAACGAAGAGGAGUUGAGGUGCAAUUUGGACUUGCUGGAGGCCAAGCGCGAGGAGGCGGCGAUACGGAUGGUUAAGUAUAAAAGCCAGCUCGCCCGCUACCACAACGCGAAGGUGAGGAACAAGCAGUACCAGCCGGGUGACCUCGUCUUAAGAAAGAACUCAGUCAGUCGAGCUCAUAGCCCCCACAAGCUUGACCCAAACUGGGAGGGGCCGUACAAAGUCCUGGAAGCGAGCCGUGCUGGGUACUGUAAGCUUGCGAAAUUAGACGGAGUAGAGGUACCCCGCACUUGA